UCUGUCUCCCGCUCCAGCCGCACCGCCACCGCGCCAUGCCGGCCACCAACCAGGGCUGGCCCGAGGACUUCGGCUUCCGGCUGGGCGGCUCCGGCCCCUGCUUCGUCCUGGAGGUGGCCGAAGGGAGCAGCGCGCACGCCGGGGGGCUGCGACCCGGGGACCAGAUCCUGGAGGUGGAGGGGUUGGCGGUGGGCGGCCUGAGCCGCGAGCGCCUCGUGCGCCUGGCGCGGCGCUGCCCGCGGGUGCCGCCCAGCCUCGGAGUGCUCCCGGGCCCCGACGGCGGCCCCGCUGCCCUGAACCCGGCAGUGCGGGCCCAGCGGUCCGGCCGCGGCCUCGCUCUGGGUCGCGAGCUGCUGCGCCUGGCUGGCCGCAAGCGCCCCGACGCCGUGCACCGAGAGCGCAGGCGCAAGGCCCAGGAGUUCAGCCGCAAGGUGGAUGAAAUCUUGGGGGACCAGCCGACCGCCAAGGAGCAGGUGUUUGUGGCACUGAAGCAGUUUGCAGCCGAGCAGCGAGUGGAUGACCUAGUGUGGGCUCUCACCCUGGCACUGCCCCGUGAGGCCUGUGGGCCACUCUUGGACAACCUCAGGAUCUUCAUCCCCAAGAAGCACCGGGCGCGCUUCGACGAGGUGGUGUCGCAGGGCCUGCUGGGCAAGCUGUGCCGCGCGCGGAAGGCGCAGGGGGCCCAGCGGCUGCGCCGGAGCCGCAGCGAGGAGCGGCCCGAGCGCCUCCUGGUGUCCACGCGCGCCAGCGCCCCGCCGCGCCGCCCGGACGAGCCGCCCCCGCGCAAGGCCGCCUCGCUGCUGGGCGGCCGCGCGGGCCCGGGGGGCGCGCGCAGGACUGUCCGAGUCUACAAGGGCAACAAGAGCUUCGGCUUCACACUUCGCGGCCAUGGGCCUGUCUGGAUCGAGUCUGUCCUGCCUGGGAGCCCGGCUGACAACGCUGCCCUCAAGUCAGGUGACCGGAUCCUCUUUCUCAACGGACUGGACAUGAGGAACUGCUCCCAUGACAAGGUGGUGUCCAUGCUGCAGGGCAGUGGAGCAAUGCCCACGCUGGUGGUGGAGGAAGGGCUCGUCCCGUUUGCUAGCGACUCCGAUUCUUUGGAUUCUCCCAACCCGUCAUCAGCACUCACCUCCCUGCAGUGGGUGGCGGAGAUCCUGCCGUCCAGCAUCCGAGUCCAAGGGAGGACCUUCAGCCAGCAGCUGGAGCAUCUCCUCACGCCUCCUGAGCGCUAUGGGGUCUGCCGGGCCCUGGAGAGCUUCUUCCAGCACAGGAACAUUGACACCCUCAUCGUCGAUGUCUACCCUGUGCUGGACACACCUGCCAAGCAGGUCCUUUGGCAGUUCAUCUACCAGCUGCUGACCUAUGAGGAGCAGGAGCUCUGUCAGGAGAAAAUUGCAUGCUUCCUGGGCUACACUGCCAUGACAGCAGAGCCGGAGCCCGAGCUGGACCUGGAGCCUGAGCCUGAGCUGGAACCGGAGCCUACACCCGAGCCCCAGCCACGCAGCUCCCUGAGGGGCUCCUCCAUGUGCCGCCGCAGCCUCCGGUCCCAGGGCAUGGAGACCAGCCUCAGCUGCGGUCCUGGCGACUGCACUGAGAUGCCUCUUCCUCUGAUCCCAGGCGAGCGCCAGGCAGGCGAUGGUACAUCCCUCCCAGAGACUCCCAACCCUAAGAUGAUGUCAGCCGUCUAUGCAGAGCUUGAGUCUCGCCUGAGCAGCAGCUUCAAAGGGAAGAUGGGGACCGUGUCCAAAUCCCGGUCAUCCCCACCAGGCCCCAGCCCGGCAGUCACCGCAGGGCCCAGGACCCUGUCCAGCGUCUCCUGGCACAGCGAGCGGCUCCUGCCCUCCCCCUGCUACCACCCGCUGUGCUCGGGGGGCCUGGCCUCCCCCAGCAGCUCCGAGUCCCACCCCUACGCCAGCCUGGACAGCAGCAGGGCGCCCUCCCCACAGCCAGGCCCUGGGCCCAUGGGCCCCGACAGCCCCCCAAGCCCGGACCCUGCCCGCCCGCCCAGCCGCAGGAAGCUCUUCACCUUCUCCCGGCCUGUGCGAAGCCGAGAUACUGACCGCUUCCUGGAUGCAUUGAGCGAGCAGCUGGGCCCCCGGGUCACCAUCGUGGACGAUUUCCUGACCCCCGAGAAUGACUAUGAGGAGAUGAGCUUCCACGAUGACCAGGGCAGCUUUGUAACCAACGAGCGGAGCAGCGCUAGUGACUGUGUCAGCAGCAGCGAGGAAGGCAGCUCCCUGACUUACUCCUCCAUCUCCGACCACAUCCCCCCACCCCCUCUCAGCCCCCCACCGCCACCACCCCUUCCUUUCCACGACCCCAAGCCCAGCUCCCGCACCUCUGAAGGGCCCCGGGGCCCCACUCAGGCACUGGCCAAGCCCCUCACCCAACUCAGCCACCCUGUCCCUCCACCACCCCCACCACCCCUGCCCCCACCGGUGCCCUGUGCACCUCCCUUGCUAGCCCGAGGCCUCGGUCACCGUCGCAGCGAGACCAGCCACAUGAGUGUCAAGCGCUUGCGGUGGGAGCAGGUGGAGAACUCAGAAGGCACCAUCUGGGGUCAGCUUGGGGAAGACUCUGACUAUGAUAAGCUGAGUGACAUGGUGAAAUACCUCGACCUGGAGCUCCACUUCGGCACCCAGAAACCUACUAAGCCGCUGCCCCGGCCCGAGCCCUUCAGGAAGAAGGAGGUGGUGGAGAUCCUGUCCCACAAGAAGGCCUACAACACCUCCAUCCUCCUGGCGCACCUGAAGCUGAGCCCGGCCGAGCUGCGGCAGGUGCUCAUGAGCAUGGAGCCCCGGCGCCUGGAGCCCGCGCACCUGGCGCAGCUGCUGCUCUUCGCGCCCGACGCCGACGAGGAGCAGCGCUACCAAGCCUUCCGCGAGGCGCCCGGCCGCCUCAGCGAGCCCGACCAGUUUGUCCUGCAGAUGCUGUCGGUUCCCGAAUACAAGACCCGUCUGCGCAGCCUCCACUUCCAGGCCACCCUACAGGAGAAGACAGAGGAGAUCCGAGGCAGCCUCGAGUGCUUGCGCCAGGCCUCCCUCGAGCUCAAGAACAGCCGGAAGCUCGCCAAGAUCCUCGAGUUUGUGUUGGCCAUGGGCAACUAUCUCAACGACGGACAGCCCAAAACCAACAAGACCACGGGCUUCAAGAUCAACUUUUUGACGGAGCUCAACUCCACCAAGACGGUGGAUGGGAAGUCCACCUUCCUGCACAUCCUUGCCAAAUCGCUGAGCCAGCACUUCCCCGAACUCCUGGGCUUUGCUCAGGACCUGCCCACCGUGCCCCUGGCUGCCAAAGUGAACCAGCGGGCCCUGACCAGUGACCUGGCUGACCUCCACGGCACCAUCAGUGAGAUACAGGCUGCAUGCCAGAGCAUGUCCCCCUCCAGUGAGGACAAGUUUGCUGUGGUCAUGGCGUCCUUCCUGGAGACGGCCCAGCCGGCGCUUCGGGCGCUGGACGGGCUGCAGCGCGAGGCCAUGGACGAGCUGGGCAAGGCGCUGGCCUUCUUCGGGGAGGAUUCCAAGGCCACCACCUCCGAGGCAUUCUUCGGCAUCUUUGCGGAGUUCAUGAGCAAGUUCGAGCGAGCGCUCAGCGACCUGCAGGCCGGGGAGGGCCCGCGCAGCUCCGGGAUGGUUUCGCCCCUGGCAUGGUGACAGCGGCCACGCCGCGUCCUCCGCGACGUGAGCUCAGAGACGGACGCCGGAGGCUGCGCCCAAUGGGGCUGCCCAGACGCCACCGAGGCCCGGGGCCGCUGCGCCCCAGGCGCUGAGCACGCGGCCCGCCU